GAAUGCAAUAUAUAUCUUCUUAGAUCGUCUGCUGCCUGUGUCUUGGUUUGACAGCCAUCUGUUCCCUAGAAGACGUUCCUCUGUUCUUCUAGAAAGGGUGUAAAGAAAACUACAAAAUGACUGAAAAACGAAUGUCUAGUAGUAAAAAACACAGCCUGAAGAGCUUGAUGCUUGUGGUUGCAAAAGACUUACUGGAAGCAGAGCAGAUCGAGAAGAGGGAGGAGAGGAAGAGAUACAUGGAAGAAAACUGUCCUCCAUUGUCAUACCCAAGCUCCAAACAAGAACUACAGGAGCUCUGCAAAGAGCUACAUGCAAAAAUCAAUGUGAUUGAUGAGGAGAGAUAUAUUCUUGAGCACAAAGCCAUCAUGGUCGUUGAUGAGGUCAAAGACUUAAAUAUCAAAAUCGUUGACCUGAAGGGCAAGUUCAAGAAGCCUCCUUUGAAGAAAGUGCGCAUGUCUGCUGACGCUAUGCUUCAGGCUCUGCUGGGCUCCAAGCACAAGGUCUCCAUGGAUCUGAGAGCCAACCUGAAACAAGUCAAGAAGGAGGUCAAAGAAGAGGAUAAAGAACUGCGUGAUGUUGGAGACUGGCGUAAGAACAUUGAGGAUAAAGCUGGUAUGGGUGGCAGGAAGAAGAUGUUUGAGACUGAAUCUUGAAGACGAUGAUGAGUAAUCCACCAUGAUCUUUUCCUGACUUAGAUCUGAAUAAAAUGUAAAGGUUCUGCAGGAACUGUUUCAUUUAUAGUUCAUAAAAAUACUAUAGAUUGACUGUUUGCCAAAAUCAUGCCUUUUCUAAAUAAACAACCUAACUGUAAUAA